AUGGUUUCUGUUUUGCAGGCGGAAAGCGGCCUCCGCCGCCGGAAAAAACACUACACAAUCCUGACAGAAGAAAGAAUCCGACAGCUACAAGAGAACCACAUCUCCCAAGUCUGCAGCCUCCUCUCCGUUUCUAAAACCCUAGCAUGCACCCUCUUGCGCCGCCACAAUUGGAGCCUCACCUCGAUUUCCGACAGAUGGCUCGCCGAGGAAAAAUUGCUAUCCCCACAACAAGAAUUGCUAAAUCCACUACCACCAAACGAAAAAAACAACAUCUGUAAUAUUUGCUUCGAAGUGGUUAGUAGUGAGGGAAUGUUGUCUUGCCCAUGUGGACAUCCGUUUUGUUCUAAUUGCUGGAAGUAUUACAUAAUGGUCUCGAUCAACGAUGGGCCGGGAUGCGUAUCUUUGAGUUGCCCCGAGCCCGGAUGCAAAUCCAGCGUGGGCCCGGAGUUGGUCGACUCCUUAGCUUCGGAUGAAGAUAAGGAAAGGUACUACAGAUACUUUCUCCGAUCCUACGUGGAGUGCCACGGGAACAUGAGGUGGUGCCCUGCCCCACGAUGCGAUCGUGCGGUCCAGAUCGAAACGCGCGUGCGGAAAAACUACGACGUGGCGUGCGAUUGUUCUCACAGGUUCUGCUGGAACUGCGCGGAGGAGUGCCACCGCCCGGUCGACUGCAAGACCGCGGCGGAGUGGAUCGAGCUGAGUAGUUCCGAGGAGGAUAUUAACACCGCCACGUGGAUUAUGGCUUUCACGAAGUCUUGUCCGGGUUGUGGCACUAACAUCGAGAAAAACGAGGGUUGCAAUCGCAUGAUUUGUCGAUGGUCGUGCGGACAGCAAUUUUGCUGGCUGUGCCUUCAACCGUGGAAAAUCCACACCUACACUAUUUGCAACGAGAAGAAGGAAUGCAAUACGAAAUUUACGCGUGCCACGAAAAUUUUGACGAAAUUCGUAAGUUACUACGAAGGAUGGGUUUCGAAUCAUGUGCGCAUGCGAAUUGCCGUGUUGGAUCUUGGAACGGUGCUCGAUAAGUUGGGGGGUGAAUAUUCGAAUUACGUCAAGUUCGGGUUCUUGAUUGAAGCGUUGGAGCAGAUUGUCGAAUGCAGGAGCAUGUUGAAGUGGAGCUACGUGUACGGUUACUACUUGUCCUUGACGAAGAAAGCGACCAAGAUUGAGUUUUUCGAGUUCUUGCAAAAGCAGGCGGAGGUCAAUAUCGAGAGGCUUCACCGUUGCGCUGACAAGGAUAUUGAGAUGUACGUGAACAACGAUUUCGAUAGGGCUGAUUUUGUGGGUUUUCGGAGGAAGCUUGUGAAUUUGACAAAUGUCACGAGGAACUACUUUGAGGAGUGGGUUAGAGCGUUGGAGAACGAUCUUUCCAAAGUUUCAAUCUUUCCGAAGUUAUUGAAUUUUCAAUUUCACAAAUUGAUGAAACGGACAUGCAAAUGGAGUCGAGUUCUUAGGUAG